UUGUAAAGUCCAGAGUAAACUUGGAGAGGAGGAUGGAAAGAAUAGCAGGCGGAGAGGAAUUGGAUGAUGAUGAUGAUAUGCCACAUACACACACGUCUCAUCCACAGUCACUGCGAAGACGUUGCACUGGUUUGACCUUUUGAGCGGUUCAAACCUCUCGCACAGCAAAUUCACGUUAACACUGGAGCUACAAACGUAGCAUAACCGGACGGAUUUUUGACGGGAAUACAGUACUAGUUACUGUAACGACUCGGCUCGUGUGCAAUGGACCCAGGACCAUCGUCAUCCGUAUUGACGGACUUCCGUGAGGCCAGACCACAUGACCAACCACAGUAUGAUGAGGCGUUCCCUGCCCUCCCUCCAAACCCAUCGGGACCUAACUCGGGUCCAACAUCUGGCCUGAGCUCCCCAGGCGCUAAUAACAAAUGGUCGCAAAAAAUGCGCAUAGGAUCCAACACUGUCACCAGUGUCUUCCACAUUCCAUUCGAAGAACGAAGCGAUCGGGGACAUGGUGAACGCUUCGGAGAAAUGGAUGCGCUCAAGGCUUGUGGAGAAAUCAUCAAGCAGUCUGGAGCUCACAUUGAGCUGUCAAGUUCAUCCCGAGACCAAUCUUUGACCUUUCUUGUCACUGGCAAGCAGAGCAGCGUGGUUGAAGCCAAACGUGAAAUACUUCAGCGCUUCCAAACCCAAGCUCAGAAGCAAAUCAAUAUUCCCAAGGAACACCACCGUUUUAUCCUUGGAAAACAAGGUCAAAAGCUCAACGAAUUGGAGAAGACCACUGCUACUAAAAUUUCCAUCCCACGACCCAAUGAUGACUCCAACAUGAUCACUAUCGUUGGCCCGAAGGAGGGAAUUGAAAAGGCUGAGCACGAAAUUCGUUGGAUUUCUGAUGAGCAGUCCAAACAAGCCUCGGAGCGAAUUUCCGUGCCCAAAAAGUUCCAUCCGUUCAUCCUUGGUCCAUUUGGAGAGAAAGUUGGGAGUUUGAUUGCUGUGACGGGGGCGAGGAUCAAUAUUCCACCCGUCUCUGUGAUGAACGACGAAAUUUCUGUGGUUGGAGAAAAGGAGGGCGUCGCAAAAGCUGUUCAGGCAAUCAAAAACGACUUGGAAGUCUUUAAAAAAUACGUUACGGUGUCCGUGGAAGUUCGGAAAACCCAGCACAAAUACAUCAUCGGGAAACAACGCAUAACAAUCAACGAGAUUUUGAGGGAAACUGGUGUGAGUGUUGAAAUUCCCCCAUUAGAAUCUCCAAGUGAGACCAUUUCUCUCCAUGGACCUGCUGAAAUUCUCGGCUCUGCCUUAACUGUUGUCUACGAGAAAGCCAACAGUAUUAUUACUCGUACUGUCGACGCUCCAGCCUGGGUUCACAAACAUGUAAUUGGGAAGAAGGGAUGCAACAUCCAAAAGAUCACCAGCAGCUACCCCAGGGCUCAUGUCGAAAUCAUGGACAGUCAGAAUCAGAUUGUCAUUGAGGGGCCGCCGGAGGACGUGGAACCUGUUACUCUCCAAUUGCAAGAAUGUGUGAAAAACCUCAUUGACAACAUGUCUUUCAAGGAUAUUUCCGUUGACCCAAAAUAUUACAAGCAUAUCAUUGGGAAGAACGGAACCAACAUCAACCGGUUGAAAGAUGACACGGGUGUAAUCAUUUCCGUCCAAGAUGCACAGUCUUCAGGACAAAUGGCAAACAUUCACUUGGAGGGAACACGCGUGGGGGUUGAGCAAGCGAGCAAGCACAUUCUGGACCAAGUGAAUAAAUUGGAGAGUGAAAAGGAGAAGGACCUCAUCAUUGAACACCGCUUUCACGGAAAUCUUAUUGGUGCCAAAGGAGCAGGGAUUAGAGAGAUUAGGGAAAAAUUCAAUCAGGUUCAAAUCAAUUUUCCAACCCCUGAUGAAAGGCGGGAUGUUGUUACUGUUCGUGGUCCAAAGGAUGAUGUCGACAAGUGCUGCAGCUACAUGACAAAGCUUUACAAGGAGAUGGUGGAGAACUCUUUCCAACUGAAGGUUCCCAUUUUCCCUCAGUGCUAUCGUUUAGUCGUUGGAAAGGGUGGUGCUAACAUACGAAAGAUUCGCGAAGAAACCAACACGCGUUUUGAUUUGCCUCCGCUGGCAGAAGGGAAAAGCAAAACGGAAGCUGAGAUUAUUGUCAUCACUGGCAGAAAAGAGAAUUGUGAGGCGGCUCGUGAUCGCCUCUUGAGCCUGCAAAACUCUGUGGCCGACGUUGUGGAAAUUGACGUGAUGAUUCCCAGCAAGUUCCACAACUCCCUCAUUGGUGUUGGAGGAAAGGUUAUUCAAUCAAUUUCGGAUGAUUGUGGAGGCGUACAUAUCAAGUUUCCUGAUUCCAAAACAAAGUCGGAUCGCGUGCAAGUGAUGGGGCCCAAGGACAUGGUGGAAAAGGCUAAGAACAUUUUGGUUGAUUUAAGCAAAGACAAAGAAAUUAGUGGCCACGUGGAGAUUCUUAUUGCCAAACCUCAACACCACAAGUUUCUCAUAGGAAAGAGUGGUGCCAAUAUUAAGAAGAUUCGUGAAUCGACUAAUGCGCGGAUAGUUUUCCCCGGUUCAUCCGAAGGAAAUCAGGAAGCCAUCACAAUCAUAGGAAAGAAGGAAAAUGUUGCCAAUGCUAAACAGCAGCUGAUGGAUAUCAUUAAGGAUUUGGAAAAAACAGUUGAAUCCGAAAUGACUGUCGACCCACAAUAUCAUCGUCAUUUCGUGCUCCGUCGUGGAGAGAUUCUUCGGCAAAUUGCGGACGAAUUUGGGGGUGUAUCCGUGUCUUUUCCAAAGGUGGGAUCCAACUCAUCCAAGGUCAUCAUCAAAGGACCCCCCGAGUGUGUGGAUGCCGCAAAACAGCGUAUCUCUUCAAUUGCUGAUGAUUUGAGCAAGCGAGUCAACAUUGAUGUUGUCAUCGAGCAAAAACAUCACAGAACUAUCAUGGGAUCACAAGGAAGUAAAGUGAAACAAAUUCAAUCUGACCACAAUGUGGAUAUCAAGUUUCCCGAGCGUCCCGACGACCAUGAUGAAGAGCAGCAUAUUCCGGAACAAAAUGGAGAUGGUGCGCGAGCUUCCGACAUUAUCCGAGUUUCCGGGCGGCCUGAGAAUUGUGAAGCCGCAAAGAACGCUCUUUUGGAACAAGUGCCUAUUAUUAUUGAAGUCGAUAUUCCGUUCAAGAUGCAUCGUCAUGUGAUUGGCCAGAAAGGGAAAGACGUCCGUGAGCUCAUGAAAAUUCACGAUGUUCACAUUCAAGUGCCAGCACCACCGAAGCAAGAUGAACAGGGUCAACAAGACCGGCCACCAUCAGACACAAUCAAAAUUUUGGGAUCACCAAAGAACUGUGCUGCCGCCAAGGAGGCAUUGCUCAAUUUGAAAGAAGACUUGGAAGGCAUGGAACGUGAUAGAGAAGCACGAUCAUUCAUUGUCAGGGUGCAAGUUGAUCCUGAAUUUCACCCAAAAAUCAUUGGAAAACAAGGUGCGGUUAUUGGCAAAAUUCGUGAUCAGUUUAAUGUUAACAUCCAGUUGCCCAGAAGAGAUAGUGAAGAACAGGACGUAAUUGUCAUCACGGGCUAUGAAGCUGAUGCCAACAACGCCAAAGAAGAGAUUUUAGGGAUUGUGAAUGAGUUGGUUCAACGCGAAAAGUUCCGCGAGGAAGUGGAAAUUGAUCAUCGUGUGCACUCACGAAUCAUCGGUCAACGAGGAAAAACUGUCCGACAAAUUAUGAAGGACUUCAAUGUUGACAUCCGCUUCCCUCGCUCCGAGUCUGGAAACCCCAACUUGGUUGUUAUAUCUGGUGGAGAGCAAGACAAAGUGUAUGAUGCUCGAGAUCAUUUGCUCAAUAUGGAGGAAGAAUAUAUCCAGGAUGUCACCGAAAAUGAGUAUAUGCAAAAAUAUCUUAAAAAGGAUUCCGACCAAAAUCAGGGAAAUCAUAAACAAAAGCAAAGCAAUGGUUUUGUUGUGAAGGGUGCCCCUUGGAACGCUCCUGACACCCAGAGCACCGUGGAUUUCCCCACUUUCGGCAAUGGACUAGCAUCUGCUGAAACUGAACCAAUGCCCGUUGCUGCUGCUCCGGUUGCUCCUGCUCCACGUCCCCUGAACUCGGCUUGGGGAGCACGGAAACACUUUUAAACCUCUAAAGACACCUAUUGAACAUCAUCAACGUAUAAGAACCCAACAGCCUCCUCAAAUCAAUCCCUGUCUAGCUGUUGGAACACCCCACCCUCACAUGUUGUAAUUAUAUAGUUACUAAGCUGACUAUUCACUGCAGGAUAAUGAAACAUAUUGAUCAAUAGCUAUCUAGUAUGUGACAUGGUUGAGUAAGUAUUCUAAUUCUAUGUAAGAAGACAAUAUACAUGUCAAUUGGACAAGAUGAGUUAUUGCUAGUUGAAAGGAUUAGUCAAUUCAAGCAAAGCCAACGUCAUACAGAUUUAGAAUACCUGAUCAAAACCAUGGUGGAGUUUGGCAGCAAACAUAAAAAAAUCAAUCUAUCUCAAACUUUCUCAUAUAAAAUGACAAAAUGAAAACAAGGAAAUCCGUGUCACUUACGAUGAUUAGACAACUUGGUAUUAUAUAUUUACCACUCUUUUCCUCCUCCUCCUCUGCUGACUGUAACGUUAACCUCCUAUAAUACUAUUUUCUAUCAACUCCAUAGGGUAAUUAUUUCUUAAAAAAACGACAAAAUUAUUGAGACUAUGACUAAGCUCCUGUAUCAUGAUCUUCAAAUAUGGUUGUUCGACCAACCAGCCACCUAUUACUGCUAAUUUACCAAUUAUUACGGUUGGUUAAUGCAUACUUUCCCUGUCAUGUCUUCCUGUCUACAUAACUAACUACAACUGGUAUUCCUACUCUUACUGGUUUCCGCUAGAAUAGAAACGAGUAACCUGGAUGUUUUCUAGCCUUAAUUUUCAGUACUGGUACAAAAGAUUCAAACAAAUUUGGAAGCCACGAAACUUCCUUUGAAUCAUUUAGUAAAAAAAUGCUAAAAACCCAACAAAAAUAUCGGAUACCAACGGCAAAAAAGUUUAUAUACAUACACACAAAACCUACCACAAGACUUAACGAAUAGUAAGGAUUGAAAACAGCCAACAGCGUACGUACGCGUAGUCUAGUUCUGAACGGAAACCGUUUUAUUGGGGAAUUUAUAACCAAAUUUAAACCUUUCUCCUUACGAGGAACCACGUGGUUUUACAUUAACGAAUUUGAUUUUGCUUGUUAUUUUGAUAUGUCCACGAGUUAGCAAUAAGUUAUAAGUUAGGUCCUAAGUAAGGAACAUUUAGGUUUUGUAGGGGUGUCACUAGUUGAGACUUGAUCCAUCCAUCCACCAAAUUGCAAGCUGAAUAAGGUGCGUUUUGACAAGCUUCGAGAAUUCUACAAUAAUAGAACGUUAGUUGCAUAUAUUACGCAGACAGAUAUUUUAUCUUGAAUUUAUUAUCAUAUAAUAUAUAUUAUGUUACUGAUCACUUAUAUCAGGUCACACGGCAAUAUGUCAUCAAUAAUUAUUAUUAUUAUUUGCUUUAUUUGAUUUAAGUAGCUGCUAUAUACCAACUCGUUUGUAGAAACAUAUUUAAAAACCUUAACCUUAUGAUGAUCAUGUCAAUCAAACAUUUAUUAGCGUUACAAGUUUUUUUUUGCUGCUUGGCAAACUUUACCAUAAGUUUGGGCAUAUAGUUUGGGUUAUCAGUUGUUGAUCAGAAUAUUAUGUUAUCGCCACAUUCAAUAAAAAUCAGAAAAUGUACAUUAUGUUGCUUUAUGUGUUUUUUUAAUAUUUUUUGCACGUUUAUUUUCAAGCAAAACCUUUCGAGGCUUAUCAUUUAGUGUAAAAAAAACUAACAAGUGAUGAGAUAAUGGAGAAGAGGAAGGAGAUAUUAAAAAAAUAUGUCAAUUAAUGUCGGACUGAUCGCUAUAUAUUUACACAAGUAUUGAAUUACUCGGUUUCCAAUUGUUGACGGAAGCUUAUACGACGCGGUAAUGAAUAACUAUACUCCCGACGUAGUAGGUAUAAAAAUGCUAUAUAAAAAUCGGUUAGUUGGCUAGUUUAGGAUUAAUUGGUAGGGCGGAGACUCGUGCUAUAAAAGUCUUACAGAAGUUAAGGAAGCCUGGCAAGUUCUUUCCACACAACGAAAAUGAAAUGGUAAUAGGAUGAUAAUUUACACAGAUUGUGUUUUUCUCACUCGAGCUCUAUUCCGCAUGACGGCGACAUGUAUUUAUUUAUUACUGGAGCUAAUUGGUGGGUGUGGUCGUCGGGUGAUUUGUUUCUAGGAACUAUUAUAUAAAUGACUCAAUAUGGAGCCCACGAAUAAUAUUGCAUACUAUUUUUGUAACACUUGAGACGAUAAAUGAAGAUAAGACGAGUUAAAAAUCAACGAUAAAAAAAUAACGCUGGUGUCAAUGAAAGAAUAAAUGAUUACAAAUGAA